AUGGAUAAUGUAUCGUCAAUGUUUUUUCUUUCAGGUUUAAGUGAGACAAGGAACUACCGCUUUAUUAUUUUCUUUCUCACUUUACUUUGUUACUGUAUGAUAUUGGUGAUCAAUUCUAUUCUCAUUGUGACCAUCAUCAUUGAUAAAACUCUGCAUGAACCAAUGUAUAUUCUGUUGUGCACAUUCUGUAUGAACGGCCUUUAUGGGUCAUCUGGUUUCUAUCCUAAGUUUCUCUGGGAUCUGUUGUCUCCAGUUCAUGUUAUCUCAUACUCUGGAUGUCUCAUCCAGGCUCUAGUGAUGUACUCCUUUGCCUGCAGUGAUCUCUCUAUUCUAGCAGUGAUGGCGUACGAUAGAUACUUGGCUAUAUGUCGACCGCUGCAGUAUCACUCCCUCAUGUCCAAGCAGAGACUGGUCAAGUUAGUGUGUUUCUCUGUGAUUACACCUUUUUGCAUCAUAUCAGCGAACAUCUUUCUAACUUCUAGAUUAAAGCUGUGCGGUCGUCAUAUUGCCAGGCUGUUUUGUGUGAAUUGGAUUAUUGUCUUGCUUACAUGUUACCCAGCUGACACUACUCUGAACAACAUUGUGGCUUAUAUAACGAUAAUAUUUUACGUACUUCACGGUGCAUUUAUAGUGUGGUCCUACAUGUAUCUCAUCAAAACAUGUGUGAAUUCUGUAGAAAACAGGGCAAAGUUCAUGCAGACAUGUGUGCCACAUUUAGCCUCCCUGCUCACUUUCCUUGUGACUGUACUGUUGGAUAAUAUGUAUAUGCGAUACGGUUCAAAGGAUUUACCUCAAACCGUCCAAAACUAUAUCGCUAUAGAGUUUCUUAUCAUACCUCCAAUUAUGAAUCCUUUAAUCUAUGGUUUGAAACUGAAAAAGAUUCAACACAGAAUUCUGCGUUUUCUUAACUUUAAAAUCAAAUAA